AUGUCUUACGACGGAGGCUAUCCGGCGCCACAGCGCCCCUACAACGGACAGGCCGUGCCGCGACCACCUCCCCAGAGACAGGUUCCGCCAGGAUCUGGGGCCAGUGGGCCCCAGCAGUACGAGCCAUACCAAGAGAACUUUGGGCGCGGAGGCGGCGGUGGCAGCUAUGAAUAUAGCGGUCCCUACGAAGACCAGGGCUAUGGUUACGGCGGUCCUCAGCAAGGCGGCUAUCCCGGCUCUGGUCGAGGGGGCCCGCCUUCUAUGACCGGUGGCCGCGGUGGUCCGCCGCAAAGACAGAUGCCCAUGGACGGCAACGGUCGCGGCGCAUAUCCGCCUCGCGGCGGUGCAGCGGCUCCUGGUGGCCCCAUGCGAGGUGGUGGCUAUGCCAAUGGGUCACCAGGCCGCCAAGCGGGACCGCCAGGUCGCCAGAACUCUCAAAGCUCGUUGGAUUCUUUCAGCCGUGGCCGUGGUGGGCCCCAGGCUCUCAAUCCCAUGGAGCCCGGCUUCGGCGGAAAUCCGUUUCCACCGUUCCCUGGUCAGCAGAACAAGGUGGACCGAUUUGGUGAUCAGUCCUUCUUGGACGAGAUGGCUGCCCUGGAAUUUCAGGGCUACGGCCCACCACGGGGAGACUAUCCCGACGACAACUUUGGGCCUCCAGGCCGGACUAUGACUAUGUCCUCGAUGGACGACUCGCGUUUCCAGGCACUUCCUCCACGUGGCGAUGCUGGUCCAUAUGACCCCUCGGGCAGCAGCAUGGGCGGAGGCAUGGGAGGCAACAUGGGAGGAAGCAUGGGAGGCAGCAUGAGGGGCGGCAUGAGGGGUGGCAUGAGAGGUGGCAUGGGGGGCGGCAUGGGUGCUGGCCGAGGAAUGGGUCCGGGUAUGGGUCCGGGUAUGGGUCCGGGUAUGGGCCAACCACCACGGCCAUCGACAUCUCAAGGGUCACGUCCGCCGCCUCAACGGAUGUACCAAGGCGGCGGCGGCGACGGCUACGAUAACGGUGCGCCAGGACCGGGGCAAGCUUACGGUCAGCCACCACAGCAGCAGCAGCAGCAGUCAGCGAUGUCCUUUGACGAACUCUACGACACAUAUUACUACUACUGGCCCCGAAACAACGACGAAUAUGGAGCACCUGGAGGUGCCGAGGCGAUGCACGACUUCGACCCAAACGUGCAGCACGACCAGCAAAUGUUUCAGGGGAACGGUGGUGGCAUGGGACCAGCCCAGGCCCAGCCACAGCAAGGAGCGACGCGAUAUCCGGAGCUCAGCAAGACCAAAUCCCAACCCAAUCUCCGCGAGCCGCAGGCCGCCGUGUUCGAAAUGGCCGGCGACGUUCCGCCGAUGCCGACGAACAUGGGUGGCUUUCAGCAGGGGCCGCCGGGGCCACCGGGGCCACCAGGGUCGCAUGCUCCGGGGACGGGUCUUCCCUCUGGUCCAGCACCGGCAAGACAAGGCAGCGGUGCGUCGGCACGGUCAAACCAGAACCCAGACAUGCUUCCUUCGCACCCUACGCCGGUGCGGCCCGGGCUGAUGCCUAACUCGGUGGCCAGCCACAUUAGCAACAUGGGCAGCAAGCCAGCACCGGUGCGUAAUUACGCAGGAACCGUGGGGAUGCAGCCGGGACCAUCGCCGACGCCGGGCCCUGGGCCAGCCGGUGCAGCAGGACAAGCAGUGGCCCGGGGUCCAGGCCCAGCAGCAGAGGUGCCGGCAGCGGUGACGCCAGAGCUGCUCGAGCAGCUGCGGACCAAAGUGAAGGCAUACCCGAGCGACCAGGACACAGCGCUUCUACUGGCUAAGAAGCUGAUGGAAGCGGUUGACGUGCUGGUGCCGAAGCUGCCGGACCCGCGGGCACGGGGCAAGGCGCGCGAGCGAUACACGAUGGACGCGCACAAGACGCUCAAGAGGCUGGCGGGCGCACAGAACGCGGAUGCGAUGUUCUUCAUGGCCGACUGCCUCGGACGCGGGGUGUUUGGGGGCGAGCCAGACAACAAGGAGGCCUUCACGCUGUACCAGACGGCGGCCAAGCUGGGCCACGCGGCGGCAGCGUAUCGCACGGCGGUGUGCUGCGAGAUCGGGCACGAAGAGGGCGGCGGGACGCGAAAAGAUCCGCUCAAGGCGAUCCAGUGGUACAAGAGGGCAGCGACGCUGGGAGACACGCCGGCGAUGUACAAGGUGGGCAUGAUCCUGCUCAAGGGCUUGCUGGGACAGCAGCGGAACCCACGUGAGGCGGUGAGCUGGCUUAAGCGGGCAGCCGACCAGGCCGACACGGAGAACCCGCACGCGCUGCACGAGCUGGGACUGUUGUACGGGAGCGCGGAGCCGUUGGAAUCGAUUGUGCAGGACGAGGCGUAUGCCCUGCAGCUGUUCCAGCAGGCGGCCGAGUUGGGCUACAAGUUCAGCCAAUUUCGAAUGGGCUGCGCGUACGAGUACGGGCUGAUGGGCUGUCCCAUUGACGGGCGGCUGUCGAUCAUGUGGUACUCGCGGGCGGCGACGCAGGAGGAGCAUCAGUCGGAGCUGGCGCUGAGCGGUUGGUAUCUGACCGGAUCCGAGGGCGUGCUGCAGCAGAGCGACACGGAGGCGUAUCUGUGGGCGCGCAAGGCUGCGGCAGCAGGCCUGGCCAAGGGCGAGUAUGCUAUGGGCUACUUUACCGAGUCCGGCAUCGGUGUCCCGGCGAAUCUGGAGGAUGCCAAGCGGUGGUACUGGCGAGCAGCAGCCCAGGACUUUCCCAAAGCACGUGAGCGGCUGGAGGAUCUAAAGCGGGGCGGCAGAACAGGGCCACGGCAGCGCGAGCGCAUUUCUCGCAGCAAGCAGCAGGAGGGCGAUUGCGUGGUGAUGAUGCGGUCUCUUGUGCGAAUGCAUCUUGCGGCCAGCGCCAGAGUCAGUGCCAACAACAGCAUCGUCAGCAGAGGUCUCUUAGCCGAGGCGCGGCGAUGUGGCCACGGUGGGAGCCGGCUGUCGUCGUCGAUGUCGGCAGCGGCCCCGAUAGCGCCGACGAUGUCGCGGCAGGCCAACGUCGUGUCGACAUACGGAGCCGGCGAUGGACAUCUGCCGCCGCCACCACCAGCACCAAAGCCGGGUGCGGCCGAGCGCAUGGCCGAAGAGCGAGCGAUCCGCAUCGCCUAUCGACAGGCAGCACGUGACGCGCUCACAAAACGGGACAGCCGGCUCUGGAAGGCAGCCCGAGUGAUAGGCGAGACGGAAAAGACAAAGGAGAAGGAAGCGUCGGCGCUGCUCAUCGGGCUCGACAGCCGCACGGUCCGCCACCCGACGACGCGCCAGCCGCUGCGGCUGCCGGCCCACAAGCAGCUGCUGGCACACGCGCUGGCCGUCGAGUGGGAUCAGCUGGCAUCGGUACGCCAGGCAUCACAGGGGCACCGCGUGCCGCUGAUGUCGCUGGUCUGUCGCGCCGUAGACCUGGAAGCCGAAGCCGAAGCCGAGGCGGAGACUGCAGCCAAUGUCGGGCCCCUUCGAACAGCCCUCAUCGCCAACCUGCUGCGCUACCUCGACACCGACAGCCUGCUGUGCUGGGAAGACGAAGGCGGGGAGUCGCGUCGGGUAGCUGUCGGCCAUGGCAGCGCGUCGACUGUCCGCGAAUCCCUCACGCUCCACCAGCUGCAACGACGGACGGCCGAGCCCAUCCUGGCGUAUGUGCGCGAACACGUGUGGCCCGGGCUCGACAUCCAGCCGGUUCUGGGCGACGGCACCAACCCGUCGCGCCUCCUGCCCCGGCCUCAUCCCCCUCCUGUCCGCGAGGCUGUGCAGCGCUGGCUGCUCGCCCUCGACAGCUGGGAUCUGGCUGGCGUCGAACGUGCCACUCUGGCCGGCAAGAGCAUCCUCGUGGCCGCCCGCCUGGUCGGUGGAUGGCAGCAGCAUCGCGCACAGCCAGGCCUCGUUCCCAAUGCCGCCUUUUCGGCCGAGGAAGCGGUUGCGGCCACCAACAUGGAGAUCGCCUUCCAGACCGCUCUCUGGGGCGAGGUGGAGGAUACCCACGACGUCGAGGCUGCCGACAUGCGGCGACACUUUGGCAGUGCCGUGCUGCUGGUGGCAGAGUGA